AUGGCGACACCACAGGCCCUCACCCAGGAGCUGCUUGCCCGCGCCCAUCCGCCCGAGGCCGUCAACCGCAUCUUUGGCGAAAAAAUCCAGCACCGCACCCUCCAUCUCCGACGAUCCUCCCCGCCGCCCUCUGCGGUCAACGCGCGCAACGCACGCCGCAAAGCACGCCUCGACAGGAAGGAGCGGCAGAAGCAGAAACCAAAGCCGCUGUCGUGCCGCCAGCGACGCGCCCUGGGCCUCGACGACAUCCCGGCCGCCGGCCAGUCGUACGAGAUCUACGCCGGCCUGAAUACGCUGUGGGUGGGCUACGCGCGCGAGCUGCUCGGCCGCGAAAUCUACACGGGCGGUACCGGUGCCGCGGCGAAGCUGGCCAGCGCCGAACUGCACGGGGCGACGGCCCAGGUUGUGCGCAGUCGCUGCGCUGGCCGCGUCGGCAUCAGGGGCAUCAUUGUCCGCGAUCGCAAGUUUGUCAUGGAGAUUAUUACGCAGAAGCGAGGGCUCAAGGUGGUGCCCAAGGACGGGACCACGUUUAGGAUUGAAGUACCGGCGCCGCCGCAGGAUGCUACGCCGGAGCAGAAUGCGCAGGGCGCCUCGCAAAUUUUUGCGUUCGAGGUCCACGGCGACCAGCUCAUGCUACGCUCCGCAGACCGCGCGAACCGGAAAUUCAAGCAACAUUUCCUCAAAAACCUAUAA